GCGUGGGUGCUCUGCAGAGUCAGUCGUGUCGGUGCAUGGACGCCUCUCAGACGUACUGCUUUACAAUGAGAAAGGAGUCCAGGAUAAUUUGGUGGAUGAGGUGGAUUGUGAUUGUGACAGCUUCGUUGUUACUGGGCUUCUUCAUAGGCUGGUCUGCAAACACCACACGCUCAAACUCUGCAAAUAAAAGUACUUCUGGUAAAUAUUUGAAGGAACUACUGCAGGGAAUGCAGCCAGACCAGAUCAGACAACACCUUUGGAAAUUUACACGACUCCCCCACCUGGCUGGUACAGAGCAAAAUCUGAGAUAUGCAGAGCAGAUCGGGAAAGAGUGGCUGGAGUUUGGACUGGACACAGUGGAGAUGGUGCCCUAUGACGUGCUGCUGUCCUAUCCCAACAAAUCACAGCCGAAUUACAUCUCGAUAGUUGAUCAGUUUGGCAGUGAGGUUUUUAACACAUCCUUGGCUGAGCCAGUUCCAGAGGGUUAUGAAGAUGUUUCUAACAUUGUACCUCCAUACAGUGCCUUCUCUGCCAAAGGACAACCUGAGGGGGAUUUGGUGUAUGUGAACUAUGGUCGAACAGAAGACUUUUCCCAGUUGGAGAAGGAUAUGGGCAUCAAUGUUACUGGGAAGAUUGUCAUUAUCAGAUAUGGAAAAAUAUUCAGAGGCAACAAGGUGACAAACGCCAUGUUAGCCGGAGCAAAGGGGGUCAUUUUGUUCUCAGACCCGGCAGAUUACUGUGCUGUUGGAGUCCAGUCCUACCCUCAUGGUUGGAACCUACCCGGCGGAGGAGCUCAGAGAGGAAAUAUUUUCAACAUGAAUGGAGCAGGAGACCCACUCACACCCGGGUACCCCGCUAAGGAAUAUACCUACAGAUCCAACCUUGAGAACGUAGUGGGCCUUCCCAACAUUCCUGUACAUCCAAUUGGCUACAAUGAUGCAAUUCACCUGCUGAAGAACAUGGGAGGACAGAUUCCACCCAACAACUGGAAAGGAACUCUGGAUGUAUCCUACAGGAUUGGUCCAGGCUUUACGGGAGACUUCAAGAGCCAGAAGGUGCGUAUGAACAUCCACACGAACAACCAGGUAACCCGUAUCCACAACGUCAUUGGCAGGAUUAGAGGAGCUCUGGAACCAGACAGGUAUGUGAUUCUGGGAGGGCACCGGGAUGCCUGGGUGUUUGGAGGGAUUGAUCCCAUGUCUGGUGCUGCUGUGGUCCAUGAAAUCGUCAGGACCUUUGGCUUGCUGCUUCGUAAAGGCUGGAGGCCGAGGAGGACUAUAAUAUUUGCCAGCUGGGAUGCAGAGGAGUUUGGACUGCAGGGAUCUACAGAAUGGGCAGAGGAUAAUGCCAAGAUGCUGCAGGAGAGAGCUGUGGGCUACGUCAAUGCCGACUCCGCCAUUGAGGGCAUGUACACACUGAGGGUGGACUGCACUCCAUCUCUACACACUUUGGUGUACGACCUCACUAAGCAGAUAGCCAGUCCAGAAGAAGGAGAGGAGGGAGUUUCCCUGUACGAGAGUUGGCAUAAGAGGGACAACUGGACGAAUGACCGUGAUGCACCCAGGAUCAGUAAACUCGGGUCAGGCAGUGAUUUUGAGGCCUAUUUCAUCCGUCUGGGAAUUGCUGCAGCCAGAGCCAGAUACACCAAAAACAAGGAAACAGAGCGGUACAGCAGUUAUCCAGUCUAUCACAGUGUGUAUGAAACCUUUGAGUUAGUGGACAAGUUUUACGACCCCACCUUCAAGAGGCUUCGGGCGGUGGCCCAGGUGAGGGCUGGGCUUAUCUUCCAAUUGGCCGAAUCCCAGCUGCUCCCCCUUGACGUCAACCAGUAUGCAGACUCACUGGGGAAGUACGCGCAGAGCAUCGUCCAGCUGGCACAGAGGCACCCGCAGGAGAUGACGAAGUAUGAGGUGUCGUUUGAUGCCUUGUUUUCUGCUGUGGGCAACUUCAGUGUUGCAGCCAGGGACUUCCAUGAGCGCCUGCAGACUCUCAACCGAGAAGAUCCUAUGCCGGUACGUGUCAUGAAUGAUCAGCUCAUGUAUCUGGAGAGAGCCUUCAUUGACCCUAUGGGCUUACCUGGCAGACCCUUCUACAGGCACGUGAUUUUUGCUCCCAGCAGCCAUAAUAAAUAUGCAGGGGAGUCUUUCCCUGGGAUCUAUGAUGCAUUGUUUGACAUCAAGAACUCAGCUGAUACGGCGAAGGCCUGGGAGGAAGUCAAGCAUCAAAUCAGCAUCGCAGCAUUCACCGUUCAUGCUGCUGGCAUGACACUAACACCACCUGCAUGAAGCAGACUGAAGCCAUGUGGUUGAGCCAAAACCAUUUGGUAUACCUUUGGUAUACUAUUACCACAAUAGUAUUAUAUUUAUAUUGUGGUUAUAGUACAGUAUAAGUUUUGGUAUACUAUUAACACAUUGUCCACACAGAUGGACAAUCCGUCCAGAACUCAGUGACACAGUGAAUAGCAGGGCCUCCCACCUUGGCCCUGCUGAUGCCCCGCCCCCUCCUCUCUACCUCCUUCUGUUUCAUGGAUUGGAGUUCCAUUCAUACAUUGUCAUAUUCAUGUAAUGUGUUUAUGUAACUCUGUAAAUGCUGUUCAUUCUGUACACAUGACAUCUAUUGCUUCUGUCCAUCCGGGGAGAGGGAUCCUCCUCCUCUAAUAUUUUCUCUUGAGGGGAGUACUGAAAUCCUGUCCAUGUUGGUCUGAGAGAAAUUGUUAAUAUAAUGUCUAUCAAACAAACAACAUUACAAGCAAUGUGAUCAUGAGGCAAUGAGGCUGAACAGCUGAAGAUGAAGAGGAUCUUUUGCUACUUUUUCAAAAACACAUUUACAGUGGUUUCAUUUUGAAGAUGUUAGCAUGAAAAAAAAUCAGUUUUCUCAAAAGCUAACAUUUAGCAAUAUACAUAAUCCACUGUGCAGAUGUGUCAAAUCUGUUGUCUAAGUGCUGUAGCUCUGUUUCUUGUGAGUCUUCCAUUUGUGUUGUUGUUUUCAAUUUCAGGAUUAAAACAUUAACUUUAUUUACUAUUCAUGAGGAGAGGCCAGAUCACAUUGAGUUUGGUAUGAUAUACACAAAGCCCUCAGGUCAUCCUUGAACAUUGCUCUUGGCCACAGUGUUUUUAGUUUGAUACGACCAUAGGAGGGCACCAGACUCAGAACUUUAUAUUUUUAUUUAGACGUGGACAUGAAGUUAGCAAUGGGAGAGGCGUGUGGAAAUAUGCAAAUUGAAUUUGUAAACAAUUAUUUUUGUUUUGUUUUAGAGGCCAUGGCACAGUUCAUCUAUUGAUCACAGCUGCUCAGUAUGUUCUGUUCUAACUUGUCAUUUAAAAAAAAUCAUAGUUGUGUUUUUCAUUUUGCCUUUAUGUUGAACCACCGUAUAUAUUACUGCAGUGUUUUAUAAAUAGAUAAAUGAAUAAAGAGAUUAUUCCAUUUUUAGAUUUACAAAAUAAUAUUUCUAUCAAAUAUCAACAACAAAUAAAGAGUCAAAGC